AUGGCGGGCCCUCGGGCGUCUGUUCGCUCAGGGACAGGGAGAGCCGACCUUUCUCUCCACCACGUCGAAAGCCACGGAUACACUGCAGCCCUCCAAACCACGCACCCACGCUCCCACGCCCGCGAAUCGCCUAAGACGACACCAUGUACGCCAGUGCCAAUUUCACCGCCCUCGACCCAGCCCACGAUCUGCUGCCCGCCCACCAGCAACGCCGCCAGCAGUCGCGCUCCAAUUCCCUCUCCUCGUCGUCCGUCGUCACCGUCAAGCGCUCCGCCAGUUUCAGGGACGACCCGCCGCCGCCCUCCGCGAAGCCUACACCGCCUCCCUCGACCCGCCGCCAAAGCGUCGCCCAUCUCUGCGAGCAGCUCAGCUGCGAAUACCCCUUCGACCUCGGGCCUGUUCACGCCCAGCACAUAUAACGCCGCCGCGUCGACCGACUAUUUUACUACAAAGCCCCGGAACCCCCCUCAGAACAGCAAUAGACCGCCCUCGAGGAGCAGACCAGCUCCAGCGUCUUUAGGAUCUCCGCCUGUGGGUGUUUUAGAGUCCGAGGCAAGAUACAAGGCGAGCACCACUGCUAGGCCGACUACUGCCUCCUCAAGAGAAAACGUAAAACCAGGAUCAGCCGCGCCGCGGGACAGGCGAGCUGGGUCAAGGGACGCCGACUCUCACCAAAGAACGCGGAGUCGGAGCGACGCCAGCAGCAGGCUUGACGACGGAUUCACAAACACCCCUCCGCGCAACCGGGAGCGGAGGGAGAAGGACAAGAAGACCAUGCUUUCGAGGGCGCUGCAGAAGGCUAACACUGCAGUACUACUCGACAAUGCCCAGAAUUUCGAAGGUGCCAUGGAGGCGUAUGGGGAUGCGUGCAAGUUGUUGCAACAGGUUAUGAUACGGAGUUCAGGGGAGGAAGACCGGCGGAAGCUGGAUGCAAUACGCGUGACAUAUACGAACCGUAUUGAGGAACUCCGCCGCCUGGACCCCGCAUAUCAAUCCGCUGCUGGAAAAUCGCUACCCGCACGGCCUAUGAGUAACGAGUCGCUGAGUGGAGAAUCUCAGUCUAUAAUACUAAGCGGUCCAGAAGAUGAUGACGUCGAGCCGGCCGUGAUUGAAACGGCUACCAUGACGAGAAUAGUAAACGACAAGUCGGUUGCCAUUGAGCCGGAACCAAGACCGCAGCUUCAAUCUCAGGAACUACCAUUGCGGCAAACGCCGGGAUUGAGGGAGUCCAUGUUCACCUCUGCUAUUCGCGAGGUAGAAAGCACAAUACCCUCUUCGAAAUUUCUAUUACAACCUCCUCCAGGGAAGCUAGGUCAAAGUUUCGAUCGAAACUCAGCGCUGGAAUCUCCAAUGGACCGAAGUUAUAUGCCGCCGCCUCUUUCACCCAUGAGGCCCAGGAGGCCAUCUUCCCCAAAUCCUCCCGCUAAAAAAGAGGUGCUCGAUGAAUCCAACGUUCAACAAACCCUGCUACAGCCGGAGCGCAACCCCGCACCGAAUCACACUAGGGCCGCGAGCAGCGAAUCCAUGUCCUGGCUUGAUACUAUUGAUGAGUCUGGUGGGUCUUCAUGCGCUGGAUUACGCCGGAAACAUAUCCGUACUGGAAGUGGUGCUACGGAGGCUGAGUUCGACGCCGCGUUGGAUGCGGCUGUAGAGGCUGCUUAUGAUGAUGGUCUUGAACCGUAUGAGGACGAGGACGACGAGGAUGAGCAGCCCUUGCAGAUGGAUAUUGCUACAAGGCUUCGAAACGUCGAAUUAGCAAAAGAGCGUGUUAAGGAAGUGGAGAGGGAAGAGGCUAUAUCAGCAGCAAGAUAUCGGUAUCGGGAAACACAGCUUCGGAGCGAGGGAUUACCGCACGGAGAUGAGGCUGAGGAAGAGGAGCGCAUGCUGGACGAAAUGACCAAAGAGUACAUGCUGGACGGAUUUGACUUUGACCUACAAACCAACGGCUUCUCAAAUGGUACUUGGAAUAGCUCGAUGUCAUCCAACCGGACGACCGCCGGCACAUUCUCAGUGAAGCCGCCCAGCCACUUACCCCCUCCCGUACCUCCUCCAACCGGGGCACUACCUGCUAUCUCAGACUCGUCAUCAUCUAAAACACCUCAAACCGCUAUCGACGCGUCAUUUGCUAGGCCCCCUAGCAUGAGUGGAAAUGCAGCUUCCAGCCUAAAGAUUGAGACGUCACUACCAUCAGUAUCUCCACCUCCGCAGACAGAAAAACCCUUCGCGGCUUCCGAUAAAGAAUCUCGACCAGAAAUUCCCCCCAUACCCAAAUCUGCUGGAGCUGCUUUGAACGGCAGCCAGACCCUGGCAGAUACUACCUUUAAGGUCCCCGGUUUACCAGCAUCCGUGUCACAAACCUCGGGCCUCUCCGCACCAUCUCCAAUACCGCCGAUCCCCAGUCCCGCGGACUCAUUUACCGUAUCACCAGCGACCCCUCUAUUAACACAAGUAAUAUCGAAUGACAGUACCCUCAUUCCCUCUUCUCCCAAGUAUGCCAACAAGCCUCCAGCUGCUGGGAUCAGGAAAAACAAGUCCUCCUUAAGCCUCAAAGCCCGCACGCUGUCUAUGUCCAGCCCCGAUGGUUCCGAUGUAUCUGUUGGCACACCUCUCAGUACCACCUUCUCAUUCACCACUCGAAAACAAAGCAACGGAGGUCAGACUUUACCCACACCAAGCGUGCCAACAUUCAACGUGACAGAUGGGCUACCUACCGGGGGCAUGCACCUAUUCGAGAGCGAUAUACACUCACCAUACAGCCCAGGUUCUCCCAACACCAUGGCUGUCAACGCGCCCAUUCCUCUAGAACCAUGUCCGGACUCGUAUCUCCUGCGUCCAUUCUGGCUUAUGCGAUGCUUCUACCAGACCAUCGCUCAUCCGCGCGGCGGCUACAUCUCCACCAAGCUAUUCAUCCCCCGUGAUGUUUGGCGCGUCAAGGGCGUCAAGCUUAAGAACAUCGAUGAAAAAAUGGCCAAUUGUGACCUACUAACCGCCGCCUUGCAGCGCCUAGGUGAAGUCGACACCCUAGACGCUGACGCCGUCUACGAAGAAAUGAACACCUUCGAAAGCGUCAUGGACCAAGCGCAAACCCAACUCGCCAAGAAACUCGGCACCGAAGUCGGCGUCAACGGCAUCUCAUCCCUUUUCAAGGACGCGACUAUGGUCGGCAACGGCGCUGCGGGUGGAGAUGGCCAGACUGGUGCGCAGGGCAGCCACAACUCUAACGAAACUGUCCCGAAAAGCGCGGUAGCGCAGAGCAAAUCGUAUCUUUCGUCAUGGCGUAAACUGCGAUCGAAGAGCUCGGCGGUAGGCUUGAGUAGCAUGGCUACUGGUAAAGGUGCUGGAGGCGAGGUGCCGAAGGAGACGUUGACGAUGCCGACACUACCGAUGACGACGCUGCCGAAUAUCCGCUUUGCGAAAAGGGAUGUUGCGAGUGUGGUGUUUGAUGGGCCCAAUGCGGGGUAUAUGCAGAGCUUGGCGAAACUGUUUGAUGCAGUGCAAAUACUGGAUCAAAUCGCCCGCCAAGUCGAAGAUCCCGGCCUCCGGCAUUCCUCCUCCACCCACGUGGGACUCGAACUCAGCACCCGCCAUGCGGCGGAGUUCUUCGGGUUCUAUAUCUGUCGCUUUGUGCUUACGGACGUUACGAUGAUGCUGGAUAAGUUUAUCAAGAGGGGGAGUGAGUGGGUGCUUGUGUGA